AUGCGUGUCGAUCUUCAUCCUGUAUAUUUGGUUUCAUUAGAAUUACAUUCGUUAUUGAACGUUGAUAUUAGUACGAAAGGGUAUUACCAGAUUCGCUUCUCUUCCAAACCAUCACCAAAUGUUUUUUCUUCUGUUGAUAUAUGUUGUUCCGAGGGGAAUACAUCCAAGAAUGGCAUCCUACCUUCCACAGUUUUUAAUGCGACUGCUAUAAGCAGGACUGUGGAACUGACGUACGUCGAGGAACUUAUGAAAUUAGGGGAUUGUUUCCAUAUAAUGGUUAAAUUACUUCCACAACGUGACUUCUCCAAAGCUGUUCGUCUCCAGAUUCUGGUUGAACUUUGGUCCAUGGAGUGUCAUCGGCCCCCUCAGAACGAACUUUUUGAGCUUGACAGCAGUCGUUUGGUAGAAAUCGAACUGAAUCCCACGAGAUUGACGGCGGUUGCUCGGACGAUUUGUUUUGACUACAAAGCUCCUUCCGUUCUCUCCUUAUCUGUUUUUGUCUCUCUAGUUUCUAUAAUGUCUCAAAGAAGGAAACCCCCUCCCGAUCCAGCAAUAUCCGAUGGUUUACGGGAAUAUUACAAAAACAUGACGAGCACAUUACUAAAAUCGAUGAAGUCCAUUGAAAAUUUCAUAAAGCAUUAUGAAAGUCUCCUAAGUACGGUUGUAAAGUUUGAGAAUACAGAUGUUUCAUUAGAAGAAGCCACUCUACUAGCUAAGCUGGAAUCUUCUGAAUCACCAUGGUCAACAUUGGAAAUCACCACAGUCGAUUUGAGCAAACGAUUACACGAAGUGUUCAGACAGUUUUUGGACUUGUUUUCCAGAUCACAAAAUCUCAUAGCUAAGUUGAAUAGUCAAUAUUAUGAGUGGAGACAACGAUUAUUAGGAGAGGCGUUCUUUUUUAACGAAAGAUCUUUGGAUGAACUAAAGUCCGUUUUACCUUAUGUUAUACCUGAGCUUAUAACCCAGCUAUCUAAAAGCAAAUACCUCCAGAGUUUCACGCAGUACCCUGUAUCCUGUGCUGCUGUUGACAGCCCCGGAGAUCUUUGCUCCAUAAUUUUUGAAGAACGUUAUAAGAAAGAAGCUGAGAAAAAAAAUAUCAUCCAAACAGAUGACAUAUCAUCCCGUAUUAGUCAAAGUUCUAAGUGGAAACGUAGUGGAGUUUCGAAGUCUCUACGUUUGCCAAAGUUUCAAAGUAAAAGUUUCGAAAGUCAGUCAAGCAAAAGCGUUGGAAAACCUCGAUUGAGCGUCGAUGUGGAUUCAAAUGAGUUUACUCUGGUGGUCCCUAAAGUUGAUCAAGCGGGAGGUGAUGCAGAAUCCCCAGAAGCCUCAAGUCGGUCAACUACAGAUGGAUCAGAAACAAAAGCUUGUUUUGCUACUUAUAAUAUAUUACCAGCAGGUGACACCGAGCAAAUGGCUAAGCUAGUCCAUUUAGUUGGUGAAAGAAAAGUUGUUAAGGGCAAAUUGAGCAAUUAUCAGUAUGAGGGACUACUCUAUAGCGAAUUAGCAUUUCCUUCUCUGCGUCCAGCAGCCCUGCCACAAAUAGAUGUUGAUAAGAAAAGGAUCCGAUAUGAAUCUCCCCCUCAUCUGAUAAUUUUCGUUCAUGGACUCGAAGGCUCCUCUGACGAUCUUAUGUCUUACAAAAAUUCGCUGAGAAUGACGUCGCCGGAAACGAACUUCCAGUUUCUUAUGAGCUCAGCCAAUCAAAGUCAAACAUGGGCAGAUUUUGAAACACUUUCAAGCAAUUUGUUGGGGGAAAUCCAUGAUUUCUGCACAGAUAUGACACAGAAACCGAACCGUAUUAGUUUUAUAGCCCACUCCAUGGGCGGCGUAAUCGUUCGAGCGAUGUUAGGUUUGCCUGAGGCGGGAUGGAUCUUUCCUCUACUUCACACAUUUCUCACUAUAAACUCUCCCCAUACAGGUCUUGCUUACGCGGGGAGAGGUGUUAACUGGGGAGUACAACUAGUGCAAUGGUGGAAAGGUUCCAAAUCAAUGCAACAACUAGCCCUUCGAGAUGCCGUUUCUUUCAAUGAUUCGUACAUUGUGAAACUGUCAUCGAAUAAGGCUUUCGGCCGUUUUAAACAUAUUUUAUUAAUUGGAGGGCCAAAUGAUCUUUUCGUCCCCCAUCAUUCAGCCUUAAUCGAUCAGUGCAAGACAUCAUCUAAAGAUGUGUCAGCGUUGGGAUACGCCUACAGAGAAAUGCUGGAAAAAAUCCAUGGAGACUUGGUUUCGAGUGAAAUCACACAAACUGUUGUUAAAUACUCAACAUACCAUCUAGGGGUCUCAAAGAAGGCGAUAAAGAUAGCAGGGAGAGCUGCUCACUUGGCUGCGGUGGAGGAUGACGUAUUCAUAGAAAAACUACUGUCCAAGUCUGCUUUGGAAUACUUUGUUUGA